ACGGCGUUGGGCGUUGGGCUUGUUGGUGUGUUUGUGGGUUUUUUGUUUAUUUAAAAGCCACAAUAGAACCCAACAUUUUAAGUAAAAUUAUAGAUGUAUUACCCAUUUCUCAAGAGAGAAAAAAUAAUAAUAAUGAAGGAGGUGAAGAUUGAAUCUCCGGCAUGGUCCGCCACGGUGGUGACGAUUGUGGUGUUGUUGAUCUUCAUUAUAACUGCGAAAGUUGGUUUGGUUUUAUGGUGGAAACCAAAAAAAAUAGAAAAACACUUUGAUAGACAAGGAAUUAAAGGCCCUCCUUAUCGUUUCUUCAUUGGUAAUUUCAAAGAACUCGUUUCUUUGAUGCUCGCUGCUUCUUCCCAUCCAAUGCCCAAUUUCUCUCAUAAUAUUCUCCCUCGAGUUCUCUCUUUUUAUCAUCAUUGGAAGAAAAUUUACGGUUCCACUUUUCUAAUUUGGUUUGGACCUAUUGUUCGAGUCGCUGUCUCUGACCCAGACAUGAUCCGAGAAAUCUUCGCCACAAAUUCCCACUUCUACGAGAAAAACGAAGCUCAUCCUCUUGUUAAACAGCUUGAAGGCGAUGGUCUCCUCACUCUCACUGGCCAAAAAUGGGCUCUCCAUCGCAAAAUCAUAUCUCCCACUUUCCAUGUGGAUAAUCUGAAAUUGUUGAUUCCGUUGGUGGAAGAGAGUGUGGUGGAAAUGGUGGAGAAAUGGUGGUCGAUGGCGGAGAGUAUGGACUCGGGUGAAGUGGAGAUCGAUGUUUACGAUUGGUUCCAAACCCUAACGGAAGAUGUUAUUACUAAAACAGCAUUUGGAAGUAGCUACGAAGAUGGUAAAGCUAUAUUUAAGCUUCAAACUCAACAAAUGAUAUUAGCUUCACAAGCUUUUCAAAAGGUCUUCAUUCCUGGCUAUAGAUUUCUACCGACAAGAACGAAUAUAAAUUCAUGGAAAUUAGACAGGGAAAUAAAGAAAUCAUUGAUGAAAUUAAUCGAGGGACGAAAAAGGAAUUUAGAGAAAAAGAAUUGGGGGAUGAAUGAAAAAAGACCAAAAGAUUUGUUAGGGUUGAUGAUUCAAGCUUCUUUGUUAAACAACAACAACAAUAAUAAUUCCUCCAUUACUGUCCACGACAUCGUUGAAGAGUGCAAAAGCUUCUUCUUUGCUGGCAAACAAACUACUUCCAAUUUGCUGACGUGGACUACUGUCUUGCUGGCAAUGCAUCCACAGUGGCAAAUCCAGGCACGUGACGAGGUCUUUAACGUCUGCGGUCCACGUGCCCUCCCUUCUAAACAUGACGUCUCUAACUUUAAAAUCCUAAGCAUGAUACUAAAUGAAUCCUUACGAUUAUACCCACCCACGGUGGCAACUAUCCGACGUGCAAAGACUGACGUGGAGCUAGCGGGACGAAUGAUCCCACGCGGGACCGAGUUUUUGAUCCCAAUCAUAGCCGUUCAUCACGAUCAAACCAUAUGGGGGAACGACGCAAGCGAGUUCAACCCAGGGCGGUUCUCUGAAGGAGUGAGCAAAGCCGCAAAUCACCCCGCCGGGUUCAUUCCAUUUGGACUCGGUGUCCGUACAUGCAUUGGUCAAAAUCUAGCCCUUUUGGAAGCAAAAUUAACCCUCGCAAUUAUACUCCAACGCUUCACAUUUCGUUUGGCUCCCACUUAUCAACAUGCACCCACGGUCCUGAUGCUUCUUUAUCCACAGUAUGGGGCCCCCAUUAUUUUUCAGAAGAUACCCAUAAAUUAAGAUACCUAUAUAUAUAUAUAUGGCUAAUUUAACCCCAUAAUUAUUAUUAAUCUCGAUUAGUAUAGUUAGAUCAUUACCAAAUGGCUAACACUAUAGGGUAGUGUCUUCAAAUAUAUAUCAUUCUCUCUAAGGGGGAGAUUUCUGUAUUCAAUCGGUGUUUAAGUUUUAAUCUGUUUCUAUACUUUACUUUUAGAGAGAUCAUGUUACACAAUUUUGGUAUAUGUAAUGUUAAUUUGUUGUUUAUCAACAACUUAUAUGUUAUUGGGUAAUUAGUUAAAUUGGCGUGAUAUUUUAAUCUCUAUGAUUUAUGUUAUAUGGUAUGCAAUGGAUACCCAAAAACAUUGGUGCUGAUCUAAAUAAAUUUUUGCCCAAUAAUA